UUUUUGAAAUGCCUUUUGUGAAACCUAUGUACACAGUCCUCCACUGUUACUGUACAUAAUUAUAUAUUUGAAGAAGGAAUUUGACAAGUGAUUGUUAAUUCAAGAAAUCUUUGGACAAGCACUCACUUAUGUAUUGCUGUAGUGCACAAGAAAGCAAAAUGGACUAUAAGCGGCGCUUUUUGCUUGGCGGGUCCAAGCAAAAAGUGCAGCAACACCAGCAGUAUCAAAUGCCUGAGCUAGGCAGGACCCUGAGCGCACCGCUGGCAUCUACAACCCCAGCAUCCCCUUUGGUCUCCUCAGCUGCUGCGGGCAGCUGCAACCACCCUGUGUCCCACACUACUCCGAUCGCAGACAUCCAGCAGGGAAUCUCCAAAUAUCUGGAUGCACUCAACGUGUUUUGCCGUACAAGCACUUUCCUUACAGACCUUUUCAGCAGUGUAUUUAGGAACUCGCACUAUUCUAAGGCAGCUAUGCAACUGAAAGACGUGCAGGAACAUGUCAUGGAAGCGGCAAGUCGACUCACAGCAGCAAUAAAACCAGAAAUAGCAAAAAUGCUGAUGGAACUGAGUGCAGGAGCUGCAAACUUUAAAGAUCAAAAAGAGUUCAGCCUACAAGACAUUGAGGUACUUGGGCGAUGUUUCUUGACGGUGAUGCAGGUCCACUUUCAGUUCCUGUCACAAGCUUUGCAGAAGGUCCAGCCAGUAGCACACUCUUGCUUUGCUGAAGCUGUAGCUCAGGAGAGAAAGAACAUUAGUGGGGCUGGAGCCUCAAACUUAAGCCCCACAAAUGAGCUAGAAGAUGCAAUAAGAUCAUGGAGAGGAGCAGCAGAGGCCACAUCUCGACUGCGAGAAAGAGGCUGUGAUGGAUGUUUGGCGGGAAUUGAAGUUCAGCAACUUUUCUGCUCACAGAGUGUGGCAAUCCCUGAACAUCAGCUCAAAGAGCUAAACAUGAAAAUUGACAGUGCUUUGCAGGCUUACAAAGUGGCUUUGGAGAGUUUAGGCCAUUGUGAAUAUGCAAUGAAGGCUGGCUUCCACUUGAACCCAAAAGCUAUUGAAGCAAGUCUUCAGGGCUGUUGCAGUGAAGCUGAAGCCCAGCAAACAGGAAGGAGACAGACUCCAACUCAGCCAAUUCAGUGUGAACUGCCUACUGUACCUGUUCAGAUAGGAUCACACUUUCUGAAAGGAAUAUCCUUUAAUGAGUCUGCAGCAGAAAACCUGAAGCUGAAAACGCACACAAUGCUGCAGUUGAUUAAGGAAGCUGGAUGCCAUAAUGGACUUACACCACGGGAUGACUCUCCUGUUACUGAAGUACUAAAUCAGGUUUGCCCUUCCACUUGGCGAGGAGCCUGCAAAACUGCUGUACAAUUGUUAUUUGGCCAAGCUGGCCUGGUGGUUGUGGACACAGCACAGAUUGAAAAUAAAGAAGCCUAUGCUCCUCAGAUAAGUCUAGAAGGAUCCAGAAUUGUGGUGCAAGUUCCAUCAACUUGGUGUCUGAAAGAAGAUCCAGCAACAAUGUCUUUGCUACAGAGGAGUCUGGAUCCAGAGAAGACUUUGGGACUAGUAGAUGUGCUCUAUACUGCUGUGUUUGACAUACACAGGUGGAAGGAAGGAAGGGAGCAAGCUUUGCCUUGUAUUCAGAUCCAGUUACAGCGUGAUAUCUCAGACUUUGGGAAUCAAGUUGACAUGCCAUCCGGAAAUGGAAGCAAAUCUUCAGGUGGUCUACAAAAGACGUUCUCAAAACUGACUUCACGGUUUACAAAAAAAACUUCCUGCACCAGUACAAGUAAUACUGGAAGUUAUUCAAUCCCCAAUACACCUUCGAAAAAUGUCUUCAUAAGUUCCAACUCAGAGGAGAAAGUUAAAAUGCCCACUAACAUAGACGCACGGUUACAAAGCAUUUUGAACAUUGGUAAUUUUCCUAGGACUGCAGAUCCACUGCAGUCAAUUCAGAGCACAAAUAAUCAGCUAGUGAAUGGGUUUCUAGUUGAAAGACGGGACAACUUCUUCAAACCAGAGGACAGCAAGGAUGACAAAGGUAUGAAUUUGCCAACUGACCAAGAAAUGCAGGAUGUUAUAGAUUUCUUGUCUGGUUUUAACAUGGGCAAAUCCCAGCAGACUUCUCCAAUGGUGAAAAGAAGGAACUCUGUUGCAUCCUCUACAGCAACAGAACAAAAAUCAGGAACAGUACAACAGCAGCCCCAAUCUGUGUCUCACACACCACUGCAUCCUUCUCAGCAAGGCUUGUCACAGCAACAACAGUCGCAAAAGCAGCAGCAAAUGCAGUAUUACCAACACUUGCUUCAACCUAUUGGACCACAGCAACGUGUACCUGCCAAAUGGCUGACUAAUUCUUCACAGCAGCCAGCCCAAGCUGUUGGAGCUGGAUUGUCUCAUAUAAACCAGUGGAACAAUCCUGGUUUUUCAGAUUUAAGCUCUGAUUUGUACAGCUUGGGUCUUGUGAGCAGCUAUAUGGACAAUAUGAUGUCAGAGAUGUUAGGACAGAAACCACAAGGACCUAGAAACAACACAUGGCCAAAUCGUGACCAAACUGAUGGAGUGUUUGGGAUGUUGGGAGAAAUCCUGCCUUUUGACCCUGCAGUUGGCUCCGAUCCAGAAUUCGCCCGCUAUGUUGCUGGGGUCAACCAGGCUAUGCAACAAAAAAGGCAAGCACAGCAUGUCCGUCGUCCAAGCAACACGCGUAGCAACUGGCCUCUUCCUGAUGAUCCUCAUAAAACCUGGCCCUUUCCCGAGUAUUUCACAGAAGGUGAUGUGACAAAUAGCUGGUCUGGUACUCAAGGAGACUCUGCCAGCUCAAGUGAUGAGACCUCCUCAGCUAAUGGAGACAGUUUGUUCUCCAUGUUCUCAGGGCCAGACCUUGUUGCUGCUGUAAAGCAAAGGAGAAAACACAGUAGUGGCGAACAGGAACCUAGUACGCUACCAUCACCACCUCUUCUUUCUGCAGCAGAUGACCGUAAUCAGGAUAAUAAAACCAAAACCUGGCCUCCAAAGGCACCCUGGCAGCAUACAUCCUCUGUCACGAACACGCUACCCAGUCAGAGUACGUCUUUGUACCCUAUGAGCAGCCCUGUCAGCCAGUGGAGCGACACGAUGCAGAUCCUCCAGUCACCCAUGUGGGCAGCAGCCAACGACUGUGCUCCAGCAGCAGGAAUUUCCCCUAACUUUGCCUAUGCGCAGCAGCAGCAAUCACAACAACAGGCUUCCCAGCACAAACAGAUGAAUAAGGGCUUUAAAUCUUUUCCAGUAAAGCACGAACGCAGACCAUCUUACCUGCAUCAGUACUAAUUGCUUUUCAUAUUGGAAAAUGCAGCACAGGGCCAAACAUAAAUUACAUAUACUUUGUUUCACAAUUCUGUAUUGGCUAUAUCCUGUUUAUCUCAUUAAAUAUGGAUUUGAGGGGGUUUGGGUGAGAUACAUAAACUCUUGAAUUCUGAUUUACAGUGCUGAGCAAAUAUGGCCAGUAUGUAUGUAUGUUUGUACAUGAAACAGCCCAAAACUGUGAUGUAGAAAUGCUGUUAAAAAUGUGUAUAUUGCCUUUACUUUCAAAACCUUUUUUUUAAAAGAACUGCUGAAGGAUUACCAUACAAGAAACACUGUAUUUUAUAGCUAUUUUUCAUAUAGAUUUAUAGUUAACAUCUUACUGAAACACAUUGAAUAUGCUGAAGCAAAUGCAUAGUGGUCACUUUGCUCAACACUGUGUUUAAAUUUAUAAUGGACAAGCUGUAAAGCCUUUGUAUUCUCCAUAAAUGGCCUGUGGGCAGCUUUUUUUUUUUAAGUGAAGGGCAACAGCAGCUUUUUGUGUGCCACAGAAGUGAGUUCAUUAUGAAACUGUUGGAGAAAGAGUUGCGAAAUUGAGUUUUGUGGUAUUUUCCUUACUCUAAAGAUCAGCAGAACCACUCAACCUUGCGUCACAAAUGUUACCUGAGCUGCUUACAGUAGAUGGCAUCCAUGUGGAUAAUAUGACACUGGUUUUCAAAUAAAUACACCAUUUCUUACCGCUUCGUUUGGCCAAAGGCAUUAUCCACACAGUGUUCCUUAAGUGUGUGAAAGUAUAGCCUAAGAGACUACUUGCAUAUAUUUAAAGUCUUAUUUCAGAUGCUACAGUUGAUUAAAAAUUGUGAGCUGGCUCAGAAGAUACUAAACUGAAAUGUGGGGUAGCAGUUAGUUAAAAAAACAUUAUUUUUUUUAAAAGGAUAAAGUAAUUAUUUGCAGUCAAUAUGUGCCAUUAAGUGAACCUGUGGAAUUAGGAAUAAUCUUCCAACCAAAGUGGAUGCGGGAGAGUGACUGGUGCUUAAAAAAUCGAAGAACAAUGGUAAAUAUAUGUAUAGCUAUCCCACUGUAUAUUAAUUGAGAUUACAGAAGAUUCUUUAUAUAGUUAAAGCUUAUUUAAAUUUUCAUAUUUCAUCUUUGAAAGAGUCUAAAAACCACAAUAUUUUCUGGUAUAAGAGUUUUGACAGUAUUAAUCUUAUUUUUGUA